UUGCUGAUAUCCAUCCUUUGGUGCAAUACUCCGUGGAUCUGAGCAGAGGCAGUGAUUACAGCCAUGGUACUGAUCAGAUGGUCUUCAGCUACCAUGGAACUCACUGUCUUAGGCAUAAGGAUGGUUCAAUACAAAUGUAUAUAUACAGGCUGAUCACUCAAGACUAUUUUUUGGUUUAAUUUUAGAACUGGGCUAGAAGAAUUAGAUUAAAGGAAAGUAAAUUUGAAUUAAACAUCAUUAUUAGCUUUGUUAUCCAAUGUAAUCAAAAAAUUUCCUUCCACAUCCUUCUGAAAUGAUGAACUAAUUCCAAAUCAGAAUUGGAAGAAAAGCAAACAGUAGCAUUAAUGCUUACCCUGGGAAAGUAACUCGUGUUUAGGUCUACCUUUUAAGGGUGGGCUGCCAAACUAACACACGUGUCCUAUUACAGGUAUAUUUAUAGGCCAAGCCAAGGCAGCUGUGACUGCACAUCACCCCACGAAAACAGGAAACCCUCAGAUGGCACGGCCCCUUCUCCAUUCGUCUAUCAACAGCGCUGAGAGCAAUGCCUGUAAUGCGCAUCUAGGACAGCAAGAGCGCUUUUGCAUGCAAGUACCAGCCCCGUUCUCCUUAAAAAUAGCCUGGAAUGGCUGCAAGCAAAUAUCUCAACAGGACUUUGUUAUAUUUACGGCUGCAGUGGAACGCAGGGAUUACACCCGGCAGGCGUCUUUCUCGGGCCCGCCCCGCAGCUAUGGCGGCUCGUCCGCUCGGGAGGAUGCUCGGGAGCUGCCGCCUGCUCCUCCUGCUCCGCUCCCCGCUGCCGAGCGCCGGCUGCGCCCGCGCUGCGCACAGAGGCACAGACACAGGCCCCCUCACUAAACAAGCUGAAGCAGCUGCUGCUACAGACUGGAAAAAAAAAUUGACUCCGGAGCAAUUCUAUGUUACACGAGAAAAAGGAACUGAACCGCCUUUCAGUGGGAUCUAUCUGAAUAACACAGACUCAGGAAUAUACUGCUGUGUGUGCUGCAAUGCCCCCCUCUUCAGCUCAGAGAAGAAGUACAAUUCUGGGACUGGAUGGCCAUCUUUUUCUGAGGCUUAUGGUACUUGUGGCGGAGAUGAAAGUAAUAGCAAUAUCCUGAGACGACCAGAUAACUCACUGGGGUCAACUAGAACUGAAGUCAUCUGCAAACAGUGUGAUGCCCAUCUAGGCCAUGUGUUUGAUGAUGGACCCAAACCUUCUGGGCAGAGGUUCUGUAUCAACAGCAUUUCAUUAAACUUCAAAUCAGGCUCUGGGCAGUGAGAAGUGUCUCUCUCUGGCUUGCAGAACAUUCUUUCUCUGCUCAUACAGCAUGCUUGUGAAAAACUCAAAUUUUAGUAAUUAUGCUGUAGUAGCUUUGUUUUCCAGCUGUUAUCAUUGUUGAUAAAAUACGUAUUUUUGUUGUAACUCUUUAGCAGUCUGCCUUUUCAUGGUUACCGUGGCAUGUUGAUCUGCUUAUUGUAUUUUUUUAAUUAAAAAAAUAUAAAUCUCUGCAAUAAUUCACAUUCAUAGGUAUCAUCAUUAACUGUAGGAGGCUGCUGAAAUGAGGUGCUCUCCUGAACCUGACUGCCUAUUCUGAACAGUAGUUGUGGCACUCAGGAACACAGAUGUACAUGGCUGAUCAUGGCAAAGCUUAUACUUCUGUAAAAUCAUAUCCUUCUAAAGAGAAGCAAAAAUAACAUGAAUCUUCAAAUAAGGUCUGAGGGGUUUUUUUCCCCCUGAUGUGAGAGACCUUUAGCUGAGCCAAGUGACUUUUCUGUGAACCCAUAAAAGCAAAGUCCUGAAGGAGGACCUAAUUAAAACUAUUUCAGGCAAUGGAACCAGUGGAGACAUGGAGUCUUUCUUCUUUUAAAUCAAUUAUUUUGAUUCUGUGUCCAAUAGCAAAGUUGAAAUAGGGGUUGCUCCAGAAAUGUCUCUUACAGCAAUUAUAUGAUAAUAAUGUAAUGAUUUGUGUAAUAUUUUCAGACUUCUGUUAUCACUUGUGCAUUUCAGAAUCAAAAAAUAAAAAUGACUAUGGAAAUUCCUGUAUAUGGGGAAAAUAAAUCAGCAUCAAAAACCA